CUAUAGGAAGUCGCGUAACUCUGUAUCGUUAGAAAAUGAUUUCUUGCUCGUUGGUUUCUGGUGGCAUCAUUACGGAGAGAGUGUGUGUCAAUGUAAUCUGUUUGCAGUUAAGUUGAGAGGGAGGUUUAUGUGUGCUGUGCGUUGUUCUUCCGUGUGUCGAACACGAAAUCCGGCGGCUGGCGGCAGAACAGUUGGGAGAUAGCACGACCCGGCGUUUACCGACUCGACCAAGUAAGCUGGCGGCCGCACAAGCCCAACAGCGUUUGUCCAGCGCAAGUGGCAGGCAAUUUGAUAGUAGAAGCACCAGAUAAUUGUAUCAAUUGGGGCCACCGCGGAAGAUAGAACGGCGGCCAACGGCUAAAAUUCCUCAGGACGUCAGUGAACCCGAAGGUGAUUCUGGUGCCAACGCCGAAAUCUGCUAAUCUUGUGAGAAGAGUAAUCGAGAGUUGAAUCGCAUAAUAAUUCGUACUGUAUUGCUGAAUCAAAGUAAGAGAACACACAAUGGCUGCCGGAGGGUCAACUCGAGGACUACACUAUUUUAGGAGGGGUUACUUCACGGAAACAGGCACAAUGAACUCAGAUCCGAGUUUAACUAUGAAAGUCGAUGAGGUUCUCUACGAAGGUCAAAGCAAGUAUCAGAACAUCGUGAUGUUUACCUCGAAGAUGUUUGGUCGAGUUCUCUGUCUCGACAAUGCUAUUCAGUGCACCGAGUUUGAUGAAUUCGCCUAUCAGGAAAUGAUUUCAUUUCUUCCUCUCAACGUACACCCCGAUCCCCAGAACGUGUUGAUCAUCGGCGGAGGUGAUGGAGGCGUUGCUCGUGAGGUGAGCAAACAUCCAGGGGUGAAGAGGAUCAUCCAAUGUGAGAUUGAUGAGGACGUUAUUAAGCUCUCUAAAGAACAUCUUCCAUUCAUGGCUGAAGGAUUUCACUCACCCAAGCUGGAUUUGAAGGUCGGCGACGGCAUCGAUUUCGUAAAAAACACCACUUUACGAUUUGACAUUGUUAUCACAGACUCGUCGGACCCAAUUGGCCCUGCAGAAGUCCUUUAUAAGGACGACUACUACCAAGCACUAAACAACAUCCUUAAACCUGGCGGUAUCAUUUGCUGUCAGGGAGAAUCAAUGUGGUUCGACCUGAAGUUUAUUGGUGACGUCCUUCGUCGAUGCCGAGCCAUUUUUCCUAGCGUAGCCUACAGCUCCAUUUAUAUUCCCACCUAUCCCGGUGGUCAGAUCGGAUUUCUGCUUGCAAGCAACUCAGCGAACGUAGACUUCGUCAAAGCAAGAACAGUUUUUACCGAUGAAGACUGCGAACGCCUGAAGCUAAGGUAUUACACAAAUCAGGUACAUGAGGCUUCAUUCGUUUUGCCGCGCUUCGUGCAGAAAGAGGUUGAAAAAGCCAUUGGAGAAAAGAGUGGAGAAGGUAAGGUUUAAUCGACAUGCGGCCAACGUCUUGGAAGUGCCUUUUUAAUCAAGUUUAUAGGUCUUACGUAUGCACAAUAUAAAUGGGCAGUCAAAUUUAUAAAUCGGUGGCCUCGCCAAUUUUUAUUCACGUAAACCGUUUCUACCGUGUCGAAAUUAACCUAUCGUUCGCUAUUUCAAUCUAAUACAGUUUUGGGCCUUGUCGAUGAAGCAGGAACCCGCUUCUAAUAGUGAUCUGCUUGAUAUUUAUUUGUGCCAUCUAUAUGAGACGAGACUGCUGUCUGUUGAAGCCACAAUAGACCGCAACUUUUCCUAGAUGAUCCUGCCUUCACCUAUCGCUAGUCGCCAUUACGAACCUUGUCAAACGGUGUUUCGAUAGUUCAGUUUAAAAAUCUUUAAAAGGAAAUCACUAUCUACAAAGCGUAACACAGGCGCCUUACGUUGCCGUCGUGGGUUGAAGCAUAAACCCAUGCAAGUCUAAAUGGACAUGAGUCUAGCAGAAAAAUGAACUGGAACACCAACAAAAACUUUAACGGUUCCUUUGAUAUCACAAGGUCAUCAAUAAGUUAUAUUAAGUCGUUAGUACGUUUAGUGAAAGACACUAAUAGACACUAAUAAAGCUAGUUAUGUCUCA